AUGACCGUUACUGAAGGUGCCACCGCUUCGAUCAAGGAAGGCGAGCAGUGGAUGGAGAAUAUCAGCACCCGCGCUGAACUCGCCGCUCAAUACGCUUCCUUUGAGAAAUCCCUCUCGUUUUCGCAGACCCUCCGCAUCUACUGGAGAUCCAUCGCAUGGGUACUAUAUGGCCUCGCUGUGGUCUUCGGUUACGGCAUCGACGGCGUUGUGGCCUCUAAUCUGAUUUCAAUCCCCAUCUUUCGCGAACAUUAUGGUGAAAGAUUCGACACGACUGGCACUGUCAGCUACAUCAUCUCUGCCACAUGGCUCGCCGUCUUCAAUGGCGUCUCGCAGGCUACCGCUGUUCUUGGAGCCUUCGCUGCUGGGUACCUCGCCGAGAAAAUCGGACGCAAGUACACAAGUCUGAUCUCAUGCCUCAUGUCGAUGGGUGGUGUUGCUGCCCAGUACGCUUCCAAUGGCUCGCUUCCCGUAAUCACCGCGGGCAAGGCAAUCAAUGGCAUCCCCGUGGGGAUGUGGUUGGUCAUUGGGCCGCUCUAUGCCUCCGAGGUGGCGCCGCUCAAACUCCGUGGAUGGCUCGUGGCCAUGACAAACAUUGUGCAGUUUAGCGGAGUGCUGCUGUUCACUGGCGUUAUCUACGAGCUUGGUCCGCAGGCCAGUGAUCUAGCAUACAAAGUCCCCAUCGCCUGCCAGUGGAUCGUCCCUGCGCUUGUCAUACCGACAGUCUUCAUGUGGCCAGAAUCACCCGUCUGGCUUGUUCGAAUGGGUAGACGAAAUGAGGCCUUGCAGUCAAUCAGUCGCCUAUACGGGAACAACGACUUGAUCCGCCACGAGGGACUGUUGGCUCAGAUUGAAGAGUCCACCGCGAAGGAAGACGAAACAAGUAACAGCGCGAGGAAGGGCGAUAUCUACGUUGAAUGUUUCCGCGCGGCCAACCGCCACCGGACGCUCAUCUGCAUGUUCAUCUACAUGUGCCAGUACCUGUCCGGACUGGUCUUUGUGCUGGGCUACCAGUCGUAUUAUUACCAGCUGGCCGGGUUCAGCCCCCGAAAGUCGUUUCUUCUCAGCAUGCUCAACAACGGCUCGAUGUUUGUUGCAAACAUCUGCUCCUGGUUUCUCCUAUCCACACUCGGUCGUCGGCCCCUUAUCGUCUGGGGCCAGCUGUGCGGCGCCGCCUGUCUUCUGAUUAUUGCGGGCUGUUCCGUGCUAGAGUCUCGCGCGGGCUAUCAGGCCGCCAUCGCAUUCAUCUUUGUCUGGGGCUUCACAUACCAACUUACCCUAGGAACCGCCGCGUGGACGGUGGUCGGCGAGAUUCCCACGCUCCGGCUUCGCUCCCCAACCCAGGGAUUAUCCAACAUGGCGCUCUGCAUAAGUCAGUGGGCGGUUGGGUUUGUGUUUCCGUACCUGUUCAAUCCGGACUCGGCAAAUCUGCAGGGAAAAGUGGGCUUUAUCUUUGGGGCUACCAGUUUUAUUGGGUUCGUUGUUGUAUAUUUCUACCUGCCGGAGACGAAGAACAAAACGCCGCUCGAGUUGGAUGCAAUCUUUGAAAAACGGGCCACGGGAGAGUCUGGUCGCAGCCGGACAGGUCAGGACAGUAGUUCUUCGGGGCCAGCAGAGGAAGUCUAA